ACAGAGCUGAGGACAGCAAGGGCGCAGAGGGUGCAGGUGAGAGGAGGAGGGCGCCGCCGCCGCUGCUGCUGCUCUAUCAGCCUCAUACAUGAAGGUGACCCGGCGGCAGCACUCCGGAGCCCGGGGCUAGGAUGAGCCAGCUCUGACUUCUCCCGCCGACAUGCUGAGCACACCUUGAGGGCAGCGACCAGGAGCAGGUCUUGCGGGUGAAGAACUACUCUUUUCUGAUAUACAAUUGUCAAUUUGCCAAACAAGAUGGCAGAAGGUGCCCGUCUGAGAACUAGUGCUGAGAAGAUUCCUGAAGAGCAGGCCCAGGAAUCUGCCUCUGGUUCAAGUGCUGGAGGAGGAGGAGGUGGGGUGGCUCUUAAGAAGAUCGGGCUAGUAAGUGCCUGUGGCAUUAUAGUAGGAAAUAUUAUCGGCUCUGGGAUAUUUGUAUCUCCAAAGGGAGUACUUGAAAAUGCUGGGUCAGUGGGUAUGGCCCUCAUCGUGUGGAUUGUCACUGGAGUAAUCACUGCAGUGGGUGCCCUAUGUUAUGCCGAGCUUGGAGUCACCAUUCCCAAAUCUGGAGGAGACUAUUCAUAUGUUAAGGACAUCUUUGGUGGACUAGCGGGUUUCCUCCGGCUCUGGAUUGCGGUUUUGGUCAUCUAUCCUACAAACCAGGCAGUCAUUGCAUUGACCUUUUCAAACUAUGUACUACAACCUCUCUUCCCAACCUGUUUCGCACCGGAGUCGGGACUCCGUCUGUUGGCAGCGGUCUGUCUAUUGCUGCUCACUUGGGUGAACUGUGCAAGCGUACGAUGGGCCACCCGAGUUCAAGACAUAUUCACAGCUGGGAAGCUGCUUGCAUUGGGACUGAUUAUAAUCAUGGGACUUGUCCAGAUCUGUAAAGGGGAAUAUUUCUGGCUGGAACCAAAGAACGCUUUUGAGAAUUUCCAGGAGCCAGACAUUGGUCUCAUUGCAUUGGCAUUCCUUCAAGGAUCCUUUGCAUACGGUGGCUGGAACUUUCUUAACUACGUCACAGAGGAGCUGGUGAAUCCCUACAAGAAUCUCCCAUGUGCCAUCUUCAUCUCUAUUCCACUUGUCACCUUUGUUUAUGUUUUUGCAAACAUUGCCUAUGUGACAGCUAUGUCCCCUCAGGAGCUACUGGCUUCCAAUGCCGUGGCUGUGACAUUUGGUGAAAAAUUGCUAGGUGUCAUGGCCUGGAUAAUGCCAAUAUCUGUCGCUCUCUCCACAUUUGGAGGAGUCAAUGGAUCUCUCUUUACUUCUUCCAGGUUGUUUUUUGCUGGGGCUAGAGAGGGUCAUCUACCAAGUAUCUUAGCCAUGAUCCACAUCAAACGAUGCACCCCAAUCCCAGCACUUCUCUUCACGUGCCUCUCCACCUUACUCAUGUUGGUGACUAGUGACAUGUAUACUCUGAUCAAUUAUGUUGGCUUCAUCAACUACCUGUUCUACGGUGUUACUGUUGCUGGACAGAUUGUCUUGAGAUGGAAGAAGCCAGACAUCUCUCGACCAAUUAAGGUUAACCUCAUAUUUCCAGUGAUCUACCUCCUCUUCUGGGCUUUUCUGCUUGUCUUCAGUCUGUGGUCGGAACCCAUCGUUUGCGGAAUAGGCCUAGCCAUCAUGUUGACUGGAGUCCCUGUCUACUUCCUUGGGGUCCAUUGGCAAAAUAAGCCCCAAUGCUUCAAUAACUUUGUUGAUGCAAUGACACGUGGAGGCCAGAAGCUAUGUGUGGUGGUUUAUCCUCAGAUGGACAACAAAGAAGAAGAUGUCAGCGAGGAGACAAAAGAGCAGAGAGCUCCAAUAUAUAAGCUGAGGCUGGAGAUGGUGCUCACGACUGAGCUCCUUUACACCUCUGCUGAGCUUUCACUCCAAUCCCACUGCCCCUAAAAAUCCUUGCUGUCAGGACCAUACUGUGCAGCCCUGCAGAGAUAGAUGGAACGUGGUGUAUCUGUGUAUGUGUGCGUGCACCUCAGUGCGCACAUAGACUAUGCUGGUUAUUAUACUUCUUGUCUCCAUUGCCCUCAGGUAAUAGUGGUG